GAGGAAUACACUCAGCUAUAUAGACACUGACAACAGAGAAUACACACCUUAGACUUCAGUAGCUCGCGGUGUUCUGUGUAGUCUAGUUUUAGUCAACUGAUCCAUCCAGUGCCGCCAGACAUGGCUGACCAGCUAACAGAGGAGCAGAUCGCUGAAUUCAAGGAGGCCUUCUCCUUAUUCGACAAGGACGGCGACGGCACCAUCACCACGAAAGAGCUGGGCACAGUGAUGCGCUCGCUGGGCCAGAACCCCACGGAGGCCGAGCUGCAGGACAUGAUCAACGAGGUGGACGCAGAUGGCAAUGGAACCAUCGACUUCCCAGAAUUCCUGACCAUGAUGGCCAGGAAAAUGAAGGACACAGACAGCGAGGAGGAGAUCCGUGAAGCAUUCCGAGUAUUCGACAAGGACGGAAACGGGUACAUCAGCGCGGCCGAGCUACGCCACGUCAUGACAAACUUAGGCGAGAAACUAACAGACGAGGAGGUAGACGAAAUGAUCAGAGAAGCAGACAUUGACGGCGACGGGCAGGUUAAUUACGAAGAAUUUGUACAAAUGAUGACUGCGAAAUGAAGCUCUCCCAACCUGUCCUUACCCUCUUAGAAGAUAAAAAAAAAAAAAAAUCAGUCAAAUGUUUUACUUACCUCUUGCAAAAAUGUUCAUUUAUUCAUACUGUUUCUGUAUAAAAACAUAAUUGAAUGUUUAAAAAAAAUCCCUCUGUCCACUUACAGGGAGAAAAGAAAAAAGCAAAAAAAAAAAAAAAAAAUAUCUGCAUGUAACAGUUAGUGGUCCUGUCCCCAGAGAAUCAGUUUAGCAUCAAUCGUAAAAGAGAAAAUACCUAUACUACCUUAAAAACAAAAAGCGGGCACUUGGUGAACUCCUACAUGGUUCCAUUUGCCAGUGAUAAUGUUUGGGCUGGCCACUCUUUCUCCUUCUUUAUUCAUGCAUGCAGCUCGAGUCUGGAGCACGCGCUGGUGAAUCGCAUUGUGCUGAUUCCACUAAGGUGUUGUGUCGUGGGUAUGGUACAGUUUGUAUUUGGAGAAGGAAGCGGGUUCUUAUUUGCUCUGAAGUGGAACGGGACCUGGCAGUGUGCUCAAAUAAUUGAAAAGAUAUUUUUUAAAAUGAUCAUUUGAAAAAAAAAAAAAUGGAAAAAAAAACUAUAACAUUUUAGAAUAUGUUUGGCAUGUGGGUAUUUGGGAUUGCUGUUUCCUUGUUGUGCUUUGCACUACAGUGGGGGCUGAGAGUCCAAUUACGGACUCUGGCCUAAUUAGAGAGUCGAUCUUCUGGCAAGGGAACAUCGUUGACCUUCACAUUUGUAUCUUCUGUUGCUCGACUCUGACAUGAGCGUGUCGGUUGAUCUUGUAUAUCUACAGUGCAUAGGAUUUCAGCACAAAAGUCUUCUAGGCUGUUCAUCUGAAUACAGUUUACGUUCAUUCCAAGUUGUACAUGCUAGUCUUUUAAUUUUUUUUUCCAAUAAAAGACCAUGAACUUAAA